CCUGAGAUUAAAGACUUACUGGAUUAAUGGGUUUCCAUGUUUAAAUUGUUCAUUCCUUUGUGCAAUUUAAACAAAUUCCUUUAACUGUGAGUGCCUCUUUUUCCACUCUAGACCACCAUCAUGAAGGUUUUGGCUCUCGCUUUCGUUCUGCUGGCUGUCGGCGCUCAUGCCGCUUCCAUACAGGCUGAUGCACCUGACCAGUUGGCCCAUGUGCGGUCUGUUAUGGAUAUGUAUUUGACUCAGGUGAAGGAAGGCGCCAAAAGGUCCCUGGGCCAGCUCGAUGAUGCUGAGUACGGGGAGCUCAAGAAUAGAGUGAUUCAGCGCAUUGAUGAACUGUACAACCAGCUCAAGGCUGUGCAGGCCUCCGUUGCCCCCGUCACUGACAGCGUUGUGAGCACCAUCGCCGAUGUCACCCUUGAAUUCCGUACCGCUGUCGAGGCCGAUAUUGAGGCACUGAAGGUCGAUCUCGAGCCCAAACGUGCUGAGCUGCAGGAGGUCAUCGACAGGCACAUCGCAGAUUACCGCACUAGGAUCGAGCCCAUCGUCACAGAGUAUUUUGCCAAGCACAACGCAGAUAUGGAGGUCCUGAAGACCAAGCUGGACCCCAUUCUGGCAGAUCUGCAGGUCAAGUUGACCACCAAUGUGGAGGAGACCAAGGCCGCCCUGAUGCCCAUCGUUGAGGCUGUGCGUAUCAAGCUGUCUGAGCGUCUGGAGCAGAUGAAGCUGAUGGUUUCUCCCUACGUCGACGAAUACAAGGAGCAAUUAAAGAAUGCCUAUAGCAAGAUUCAGAGCAUCAACACCGAUGACGCCGAUGCCCUGAGGGACAAGAUUCGACCUUUAGCCGAAGAGAUCAAGGUUAAGAUGCAAGCUAUCUAUGAGGCAGUCUACGCAACCAUCACUAAGAGUAACUAACCUCGCCUACCGGCCAGUCCUAGAUCCAGUUCACCCUUCUCUCCAUUCCGUCUUUCCUCACAUACGCAGCCAUACCACCUCCCAAAAUUACUGCUGCACUUCUUCUUUGCAACAAAGUGGCAGGACUCUUGCACUCUCUCUCCCAUGCAUACACCUUGCUUCGUGGGCACAUGCUCAAGCACAUGCAAGCGAAGACGUACACAGACACACACACGCUCAGCACACACAUGCUUUACUCUUCGCAUGCCACGGCCAGUUGCUUACAUUUGGUGCAGAACUUGUAUGUGAAUUACCACGAGAGCCUGAAACUCUGUGUAAUGAUGCUUGUUUGGUGAAAACUGUGCUUUGACGAAAUACAGCUCAAUAAACAUCUGACUGUUUAUACUA